UUGCUGUCGAAAUGGGCAAGUUCAUGAAACCCGCGAAAGUGGUGCUGGUCCUGGCUGGAUGCUACUCCGGACGCAAAGCGGUCAUCAUAAAGAACAUUGAUGAUGGCUCCUCAGACCGCCCUUACAGCCAUACCCUGGUGGCUGAAAUUGACCGCUAUCCCCGAAAAGUGACAGCUGCCAUGGGCAAGAAGAAAAUCGCCAAGAGAUCAAAGAUCAAGUCCUUUGUGAAAGUUUAUAAUUACAAUCACCUCAUGCCCACAAGGUACUCUGGCAUCCCCUUGGACAAAACAGUUGUCAAGGAUGUCUUUAGAAACCCAUCCCUGAAACGCAAGGCCAGGCGGGAGGCCAAGGUCAAGUUUGAGGAAAGAUACAAGACAGGGAAGAACAAAUGGUUUCUCCAGAAGCUUUGCUUUUAGGUCUAUUUUUGUUCCUGUCAUUAAAAAAAAAAAAAAAAAAAAAAAAAAAAA